AUGCCUCCCAGAAGACAAAACCGUGCAAACAACCGUGAUGGUAACAAUGAUAAUAACAAUCCAGAACCUACAAUGGCCCAGAUUCUUCAGAUCUUGGCCCAACAGACUGCCAACCUGACUCAGCAGCAGGAAAGGCAGGCUAAUCCCCAGGUUACUUUCAAAAACUUUCAGUCUGUUAAUCCCCCAGAGUUUAAGGGUUCAGCGGACCCUAUUGAGGCUAGGAUAUGGUUGAAGGAAAUUGAAAAGGCUUUUGUGUUAGUUAAAGUGAGAGAUGAGCAGAAGACUGAGUUUGCUAGUUAUUAUUUGAAAGAGGAGGCCACCUAUUGGUGGGAGUCUGUGAGAGCAAUGGAAGGGACAGAGGAUGUUACUUGGGAUAGGUUUAAGGAGUUGUUUUUGGAGAAAUACUUUCCUCAAUUUCUCCAGGAUCGAAUGGAGUUACAGUUUUUAGAAUUGAAGCAAGGGGAUAUGUCAGUGGCUGAGUAUGAGAAAAAGUUUGCUGAGUUGGCUAGGUUUGUUCCAACCUAUGUAGAUACUGAUAGGAAGAGAGCUAAGAGAUUCCAACAGAAGGCAAUGAUAGCAGAAACGGAGAGCGAAAUGUCUCAGAAAGAGAAAGAGGGAAAGAAGCGUAAGUCAGAGCAUCACGAGGGACAGUUUCAGCAGGGAAGGUUUCAGAAUUUUAACAACCCGAAGAAAGGGAAAUUUCAGCAGGGGAGAAAUCCCACUUUUAAGAAGCCAGAUGUAGGUGGUAGUGGACAAGGUAACCGUCCAGCUAUUGGAAAUCAACCAAGGCCUCCACUGUCGGAGUGCCAGAUAUGUGGAAAGAGACACGGGGGAAUCUGUAAUAGAUUGAAUGUGGUAUGCUAUAAGUGUAAUCAGAAGGGACACUAUUCUAGGGAAUGUCAGAACCCACCAGCAAAGACCCCGAUGAUUCGAGAUCAACCAGCAAGGAACCAACCCAAUAGGACUCCAGCAGCUGGGAUAACAUGUUUUAGGUGUGGAAAACCAGGACACAUGGUGAAGGAUUGCAAGGUACCAGCUCCAAGUAACCCUACACUUAGAAUUAUGGGAUCCACUCCAGUAGUCUCAGAAGUUCCCAAAGCCAGAACCUACAACAUGACUAUGAAGGAUGCAGUUCAGGAUGCAGAUGUGGUGGCAGGUACGCUUACUGUGAAUUCUUUAUGUGCUAAGGUUUUGAUUGAUUCUGGAGCUACUAGAUCGUUUAUUUCUGAGGAUUUUGUGCCGAAGUUAAAUUGUCCUAUAGAAUUGCUUAAUGAGGUUAUGAAUAUACAGUUGGCUAAUCAGGAACGUGUCCCUGUUAGCCAAGUUUAUAGGAAUUGUGAAGUUGAGAUCUUAGGAAGUAAGUUUUGUGCCGACUUGAUACCUUUCAAGUUGGGAGAGUUUGAUGUUAUUUUAGGAAUGGAUUGGUUAUCUAAGCAUAACGCUCAAAUAGAUUGUCGUAAUAAGAAGAGUCGAGAACUUGUGAAGCUUGAAGAUAUUCCGGUAGUAAACGAGUUCCCAGAUGUAUUUCCAGAUGAGUUACCCGGAUUACCUCCAGAUAGAGAAAUUGAAUUUGCAAUAGAUUUAGCACCUGGAACCGAACCAGUAUCUAAAGCCCCAUAUAGAAUGGCACCAGUAGAAAUGAAAGAAUUGGCAACCCAGUUACAAGAUUUGUUAGAGAAGGGAGUGAUUAGACCCAGUGUAUCCCCGUGGGGAGCACCAGUGUUGUUUGUGAAGAAGAAAGAUGGUAGUAUGAGGUUGUGUAUUGAUUAUCGGGAACUUAAUAAGUUAACCAUUAAGAAUAGAUACCCAUUACCUCGUAUAGAUGAUUUGUUCGAUCAAUUGAAGGGAGCGAGAUGUUUUUCGAAGAUUGAUUUAAGGUCGGGAUACCAUCAGCUAAAGAUUAAACAAGAAGAUAUACCUAAAACAGCUUUUAGAACCCGAUAUGGUCACUAUGAGUUCUUAGUAAUGGCCUUUGGAUUAACCAACGCCCCCGCAGCUUUUAUGGAUUUAAUGAACAGAGUCUUUAAACCAUAUUUGGAUAAAUUUGUGAUUGUAUUCAUAGAUGAUAUUUUGAUCUAUUCCAAAACCACUGAGGAUCAUGCAACCCACUUAAGGAUGGCUUUAGAGACAUUGAGAAGAGAGAAGCUGUAUGCUAAGUUUUCAAAGUGUGAAUUCUGGUUACAAGAGGUUCAAUUUCUAGGUCAUAUAGUCAGUAAAUAA